AUGAAUAAGUUCAUACUAUUUGCCUUGUUGACCAUAGCUACUUAAGCUUUAUUUGAAAAUUCAUACACAAUAAAGAGUGCCAAUAAAAUGUAAGACUUUAGAGCAAUAUUGGAAUCAGACUUUGUUUCUAUGGUUUAUUUUUAUACUGAAGAUUGUGAGAAUUGUUAAAGAGCUGCCUCAUUAGUAGAAAAGGUGGCCGAAGAUUAAGAAGGUAUAAUCAAUAUCUAUGGUGCCAAUUGUGAUCAAAUCAAUAAGGAUCCUAAUUCAGUGUAAUCUUCAUAAAUUACUUUAGUAAUUAAUUACCCUAUUGCAGUGAGGAUAUGUUAGAUUAAUUGCCUUAAAUCUCUUUUUUUGAACCUCCUUAAUUUAAAAUUAAUCCUUAUACUAAAGAACCUAUGAUAGCAACUGAACAUAGAUUUUAAGGAGAAGCAUCUCCAUAAUCAUUAGGUACUUAUGGUCAUAAGUUUAUACCUAAUAAUGUGAUUAGAAUCAAUACAUUAGCAGAAUUGAAUCAUUUUGAAAAAACAGAUCCAAAAUUAAAUAAAGUUAUCUUAUUUACAAAGAAGAAAGAAACAUCACCUAUACUUAAAUCUUUGAAUUUACAUUAUUUUGAAAGAGUUAAAUUUGGUGAGAUUGUUGCAUCACCUGAAACACAACCACUUUUAGAUUUUUUUGAUAUUAAAGAUAUUCCUUAAAUAAUUGGUUUAGAAAAUAAUGGGGAUAACACUUAUAAUCAUUAAAUUUUUGAUGGAGAUUUAUUAUUUAAACCUAUUAAAAAGUUUGUUAGAAGUUUGGCUUCAAAAGAUAGAGUUCCAUAUGAAUAGAUUAAUGAAAAACCUAAAGAAGAUAAUAGAAGAAAUAGAAGAUCUAAAUAAAAUGAAGAAGAUGAUGAUACAUAAAAACCAUAAAUCAUAACUCCAAUAAAAUUAGAUUAAAAUGUUUUUAAUAAAUAAUUAUUAAGAAAUGAUAAACCUGCUCUUGUUCAUGUAUAUAAAGAUUAAAUGCAUAAAGCAUGGGAUGAUUCUAUUAAAAAAUAUAAAUCUUUAUUUGAUUAUUAUGAAUUACAAGUAGAUACUUAAUAAGAUGAAGAUUUAGCUAAAGAAUUAUUUAUUAAGAGUUAUCCUAGUAUUAGAUUUUAUUAGGUUGGUAAUGUUGGAAAAAAGAAAUCUAAUAAAAUUUCAUUCACUAAAGAAUAUAAUCUAGAAGAAAUUAAUAAGGACAUUCAAGAUUUAAUUGAUGAUAAAACUAUUAAUAUCAAUGAAUAAACUCUUUAAAUGUAAUUAAGUUAAUUCAUAGCUGAUAAUCAUAUAGUUGUUAUUUAUUUCUAUUAAACUCCUAUUGUAGGUCUUACUUAUAGAGUACUUAGUUAAUUAUAAGAAUAUUAUGGUAAAUAUAAAUUUUUGUCUUUUAAAAAUGCUCCAGAAAUGGUACUUUAAUAAUUUUAAAUACCUACUUAACCUGCAAUUACAAUUAUUUUUAGAGAAGUCACUGAUAAAAAGGAAUUAGAAGAGGAACUUAAACCUGAAUAAGUGAGAUAAGCAUUAUUUACAGGUAAACAUUCUUAUGAAGAAAUAAAGAGUUUCUUAGAUUCAGUAAAAAUAUAUAAUAAUAUUAUUAGUUUGAUGAAACCAAGAAGACAUCUCAUAAAAAGGUCAUUGAGAUUUCUACUUAAGAAUAAUUAUUAGAACAUUGUAACAAAAAGUAAAAAUUGUGUUAUAUUGCACUUUUAAAUGGAGAACAUAAAAGAUUAAAACAUGAUGAUAUAUUAACAAAAUGGGAAUAUUAAUUAGAAGUUUUAGAUAGAAUUAAAAAUGCUCAUGGUGAUAAAUAAGCUUCUUUUGUUUAUAUUGAUGCUUCAUGUCAUGAUGAAGUAUUAUUAAAAUUUGAUAUAUCUGAUGAUUCUUUACCUAAUUUUGUUGCUUAUUAGAAAACUAAAAAACUGUAAUUUAUAUUAUAAUUAUUAGAUAUUCUAAAUUAAUUGGACGAUUUGAUUAUGAAUCUAUUAAUAAAUUCAUAGAUAAAUAGUAUAAAGGUUAAUCAAGCAAUAUUUAAAUAUAAGAACUUGAAAUAUUUGAAAAAGAUUGUGAAGAAGUAUUUGCAAAGAGAAGAGAAGCCAGUUAAUAAUCUGGACUUUCUGAUUUUGAUGAAGAAAUAUUAAAAGAGAUAUUGGAGGAAGAGAAAUAAAGAAAGAAAGAAUUAGAAAAAGAAUUAAAAAAGGGAAAGAAAAAGAAUAAAAAAUCAAAAGAUGAUUUAUGA